AUGGCAGGCACCCCGCCGCCGCUGCACCCGGCGCUGGAGCCGAUAGCGUUCAUGCUGGGUCGAUGGCGUGGCGAGGGCGAGGGCGGUUACCCGACCAUCAACUCGUUUAGAUACAUUGAGGAAAUCACCCUCACGCAUGCCGGAAAGCCGGCGAUGGCGUACGCGCAGAAGACGUGGCGCGCGGAGUCGGGCGAGCCGAUGCACGCGGAGAGCGGGUUCUGGCGGCCCAAGCCGGACGGCACCCUAGAGAUCGUGAUCGCUCAGAGCACAGGGCUUGCUGAAGUGCAGAAGGGCAGGUAUGACGCGGAGGCCAAGACAAUCGCCGUGGAGAGCGAGCUCGUUGGCAACGCCACCAAGUAUUUUCUUGCCUUCCUCGCCCCUCUCUCUUUCCCCAUCCCCGUCCUUCAUCCCGUCGACCUCACCUCCCCUCUCCACGUCUGCUACGCCCAUGACCCCCUUCACUACCAUGCGCUAUCAUGCCUCCUCAUCCCGUGCCUCCCCUCAUGUGCGUGCCAUGGAGGGCAGGUACGGCGCAUAGUGAGGCACUUCAGGCUGGAGGGCGAGGGCACACUGGCGUACACAGUGGAUAUGGAGACCACCUCGCAGCCCAUGCAGAAGCACCUUGAUGCCCGCCUCAAGCGCCUUGAUUGA